AUGAAGUCGUGGUGGGCGGCCAAUUCAGCGUGCGCGCGGCUGCCCGCCGACACUGCGCUCACCGGUGUCUCGGAGAUGGUGUCGCUGUUUUCCAGCAGUCGGUCCAAGGUGGAGCAGUCGGCCCGCGUGGUGGCCAGCGACUUGGAGCGCCUGGAGGCCCGCACUAGGGAUAUUUAUGAUGCCCACGUGCAGGCUUACAAUGAGCUGCGGGCUCAGCACCAGGCGGCCGAUGGCCAAGUUCCCGGGCUCCAAGCCCGGCUGGGAGGAGUCGCUGUGGAGCGGGACGCCCUGCGUGACGCAGGCGACCGGCUCCAGGAGCAACUGAACGGCUCCGAGAUGAGAAAUCCACACGAGCGCUGCUCGAGGAAGAAGUUCGUCAGGCAGGCAAAAAGUGCUUCUAAUAAUAAGAAAGCACGCACGCCUUAUGCUGAUAGUUCAAGCAGUUCCGGCGGUGAUUAUCCUAUUCAGUCGUCAGAGAGUGAAGGGUCAGAUGAAUGCCCAAGGCCAAGGGAUCGCUGGGGGCGUUGUGGGAAACAAGUAAAGACCGCCGCAGUGUCUUCUCUGGUUGAGGAAUUGCCAGAAGGUAAUCCAUCUGAUGAGCCCGUGGAACCGGAUGAUCAGAUGCCUUCCAAGGAUUAUGUCUUACAUCGCAAAAAAGAGAAGAAUUAUGUCUUACAAGGGAAGUUGGAUCUUACAGCCGCACAGAAGGCAAAAAUAGAUGCGAUUGAUGAGAAAAUUCGACCUAAAAUCCCCAUGCUUGUGGUAAGGAUGAAGAAGACCAAUGUGAAACUAUACUCUGAUCUGAGAGGAAGAAAAAUAUAUCCUAGCUGUCAGAGGGGUAGCUCAAGGGAUCAUCGAAAUACUGCAAAAAAGGCUGCAAAAUCCACUUCCUUUGAGAAAUCAGGAGAAGAAAGUCCUUUAGAAUACAAUUCUGUCAAGUCCGAUGAUCGUCAAACAUCUCGAGGACAUAAUUAUGCGCUGUCACUUGGGAGUUGUCUAUCUGGAGCACAAUAUGCGAAAGUGAUUGCACUUAAGGAGAGAAUUCAACCCGAGACUGCUGUAUACGUUGAUGUUAUGAAUCAGCGUGCUGUUGAACUACCUAGUCCUCUACUGAUCAUUCCCGAGGAACAUGCAAUUGCACACUUUCCAAAUGAAAGUGUGACUAUCACACUUGAAGCGCCAGACAAGAAGAGCAAGAAGUGGCAUCCCAGAUUCUACAUGACAGAAGAUAGAAGUGAGUGCAUGCUUAUAGGGCAUUGGUUAGACUUUGUCUGUGACAACAAUGUGCAGGAAGGGGAUAUCUGCAUCUUCAUACCGGAAAAGGGUGGGAUGAGAUCCAAGUUUACAGUCCAUCUACUUCGUGGAGAAACAAGUCAUUCGGGAGAUGGAACUGGUGGUGUUCAAGUGGCUGGCUCAGACGAGGGUAAAACAAAUACAAAGUACCUUACAAAACAUUUUAUUUGCAGGAGAAAAUGCUUCCUCGGAAGCAACGUGCAUAGGGUUUCUCAUGAACCUCUGGAGAGAAAUAACUCUGAUGGUUUUAUUCAAAAAAGAAAGAAGUCUAAUGGUCUUGUGCCUCCUUACAUUCUACCAGCCAUGACCCAUCUAUCUCCAUCUCAGGAGAACAUUGUUGAAGCGAAAGUGCAAGCCAUCCAAUCUGAAGUUCCCAUUUACGUAUCAAUCAUGAAAAAGAGAUGCAUCAGUGCCAUUAAGCACAACAUGCUAGAAUUAGGCUCCCGGUAUGCUGCUGCCGCACAUCUUCCACCUAAAAAUCAAAAUGUGCUCCAGUGCAUGGGUCGGAUAUGGAACACCGAAAUGGUGGUGCAUCGAAAUGGAAAAAGGUGUUUCCUUAGUGGAGGCUGGUCCAAAUUUGUACAUGACAACGAUCUGCAAAUCGGCGAUAUUUGUCUGUUUGAACUGAAGAAGAACAAGAGGAAGCUUACCAUGAAGGUCCAUAUCAUUCCCAGCAAGCAGUGCUAACCUGGUAGA